AUGGCUGCCGAGAACUUCAGGCAUGAUCCCGCAAUUGACCGCUUCAAUUCGAUGCGCGAGAAUGCAUACCUAAAUUUCCGCUGGACAAGGAAGACGGUGACCACCGCUGUCAUUGGUUUCAUCGUUGUCCCCGUCGCUAUUUACUAUGGCACCGUUGCCUCAACAAACCGCUGGAAUUGGAAUGGCAAGCGCAAGGGAGAGCCCUUGGCAAUCAAGCCUUAA